ACCUCCAAAUCCAGCGGAGCAGCAGGUAACAAACACCUCUCCCUGGGUGAUGGUUUGUGCAGCCAGUGGUUGGCAAGGGUGGGGCUGGUCGCUGGCACCAGGGUGCUGCAGGUACCGCAGCUGCUGUCGGUGCUCGGAGGCGCAGGCAGCUGCAGGAUUUCGCUGGUGCACGGGGGCUUCAGGGCGCAGACGGACAGGGUCCCAGCUGAGGCUGCUGGUGGGGACGAUGGCAGGUCACCGACAGCUCGUCCUCCCCCUUCAAGGCCUGCUGCUCUGCGUCGUGGCUCUGCACUUCGGCUCCUGGGGCCCUCUUGCCACAGCAGAGCACGAAGCGGCCCCCAACGCCUCCUCGGUGGCCCCCAACGCCUCCUCGGUGGCCCCCAACGCCUCCUCGGUGGCCCCCAACGCCUCCUCGGUGGCCCCCAACGCCUCCUCGGUGGCCCCCAACGCCUCUGUGAACAGUACAGAAGGAACACUGCUCACCUGCCAGAGCUUCCAGUGCUCUGGGGAGAGGUGUUACCAGGAUGAAGCCUAUGCCAACGAGACGGCCACCUGCCACAACGAGACUUUCUGCGAGCUUUAUCGUUUCUCCAGCACAAACUACACAGCCAGGUGCAGCAGCGCGUGCGGCGCGGAGCCGUGCGGGACCAACAGCAGCGUGAGCUUGCAGCAGUGCGCCCUGGAGUGCUGCGACACCCCGCUCUGCCUGCAGCUCAAUGCCAGCUCCUACGGUGACCUGCCAGCCACCACCACGCCGCCCACCACCACCGUCGCCACCACCCCCCGGCCUCCCCCCCGAAAUGGGAAGGUCUGUGCAGCAUUCUCCUGCCAUGGGGAUGGAUGUUUCAAGGGGAAGAAGGCCACUGCUAGAUGCAUCGUUGGGUAUGACUUCUGUCAGAUGAAGAAGACUGGCCUGGAUUUUGUGGCAGGAUGCAGCAAAGCCUGCAAGGCUGCCAAGCCCGUCUGUGCUAAAGGCGUGAAGGCUGCCUGCUACCAGGAGUGCUGCCCCGCCACGCCAAAGGCCAGCUGCCUGAAGCUGGAUGGCAAAAUUCACGUCAACGGUGCUGGGCAGGCUCUUGUCCAUUCCGUACCGCUGUAG